AUGUCAAAUGCUAAGCUUGAGAAGACAAUUCUUCGUUUCAAAUCUAAAAUAGAAUCAGGAGCAUACUAUGAAGCACAUCAAACUUUGAGAACAAUUACAAAUAGAUAUGUGAAAUCGAAGCAGUAUAAAGAUGCUAUUGACUUGUUAUACCAAGGAUCGUCUACUUUGGCAUCAAAGAAAGAAUAUGCCUCUGCUAGUGAUUUAAUUGGGUAUUUGAUUCAGGUUUAUAGCGAUUUUGAUAUCGUUUGUGAUGAACAAGAAAACCAAGAAUAUAAGUUGAAAUUGAUAGAAUUGGUCAACUAUCUUCCAGACAGUGAUCCUAGUUUGCCUGAUUUAGCCAAGCAAAGUAUAUCGUGGUCACAAAAGGGCAGUAAGUCUAAGUUUGGGGAUUCAGAUUUACAUCAUGUCUUUGGUGUCAAGUUUUUAAAUAGCGUUAAAGAAAGCGAGAUACCAGAAGUGGAGAGGCAGAAGCUAUUUUCAUUCGCUGAACUCCAUCUAAUCCUUGGUACUGCCGACUCUUUACCUUACUAUAUAAAUUUUUUGUGGGAGUGGUUUGAGGCAUCUAAGUCACAAGAGAUGGAUCCUGGAGUUUUUUUGGGUAGGGCAGUGAUAAAUUAUGCAUAUUUGAAGAAUAUACAUCUAGUUAAAGAGUCAGUAAGUCUCUUUUUAAAAAAGUUGACUAAUGAAUACACCAAUUUUGAGAUAAUGGAGAAAGGAGACCAAAAAAUAUACUUUUUUGACGAGGAUACAAACUUCAGCUUGAUUAACUUUUUCCAGUUAUUGGCUCUAACCUUAACGAAGGAAAAUUCAGGUCAAAAGUUUUUGAAGUUAUACAAUCAAUAUAAACCUGAACUUAAAAAACACGGAUUCAAUAACUCCAUCGAUUACUUAGGAAGGUUCUACUUUAAUUUAAAGUUAGGAAACCCUGAAGGUGGUCAGAACAUGUUUGCUAAUUUAAUGGGAGGUUUAUUCAAAUAG